AUGAACCUUUCCUUUCUUUCUUUAUUUCUUCUUUAUUUUAAAACUUCUUUUUUUCUUUCUUCACCGCUUUUUUCUUUCCUUACAUUUCUAAAUACAUCCUUUCUUUCUUUCUUUCUUUCUUUCUUUCUUUCUUUCUUUCUUUCUUUCUUUCUUUCUUUUCCUUUCUAUCUAUCUAUCUAUCUAUCUAUCUAUCUAUCUAUCUAUCUAUCUAUCUAUCUCUCUCUCUCUCUCUCUAUAUAUAUAUAUAUAUAUAUAUGUAUAUAUAUAUAUAUUAUCUCGACCAAAAUAUUGUAUAAAAUGACAGAAAGAACAUAUGAAUCUAUCUAUCUAUAUAUCUAUCUAUUUGUGUGCGCGUACAAGCGCGCGUUUCCUUUGCUGUCAAGUAUGAUUCUCUAUGCUGUUUUUCUUCUUUCUUUCUUUCUUUCUUUCUCAGAUUUUAAAACUUCUUUUUUUCUUUCUUCACCGCUUUUUUCUUUCCUUACAUUUCUAAAAAACAUCCUUUCUUUCCUUCUUUCUUUCUUUCUUUCUUUCUUUCUUUCUUUCUUUUCCUUUAUAUCUAUCUAUCUAUCUAUCUAUCUAUCUAUCUAUCUAUCUAUCUAUUACUGA